CAAACAAUUUGCAAUAAUCGCCUAAAAAAGCCGGAUACUGAAAAGCUGCACAACUCUGAUGAGUGAAAGAAAAUGAACAGAGCUUGUCACAAUAAAAUGUGAAAAAGUGUGCGAAAUUAGCACUGAAUCCUCGAUAGCCUUAAAAAACUAUAACAAAGUAAAAGCGAUUGCAUCAUCUGUAAACUACAUCCCGACGACUUAUUUGGAGCGGUGUAUUCCACCAUCGAUUUGGUGCAAGUUAAACAACAUACACACACUUUUACAUAUAUUUAAAAAAUGACUGCACCGCGACGUCUGCGCAAGGAGCUUGUGGAUUUGCAGGAAAGUAGCUUAAAAUCAUUUCGUGACAUCAAGGCCGACGAUGAUAAUCUGCUACGCUGGACGGGCUUGAUUGUGCCCGACAAUCCACCAUACAACAAGGGAGCGUUCCGCAUCGAAAUCAACUUUCCGGCCGAAUAUCCCUUUAAGCCACCAAAGAUUAGUUUCAAAACGAAAAUCUAUCAUCCCAACAUCGAUGAGAAGGGUCAGGUGUGUUUGCCCAUCAUUAGCACCGAAAACUGGAAGCCGGCAACUCGCACCGAUCAAGUGGUCCAAGCACUGAUAGCUCUUAUCAACGAUCCGGAGCCAGAGCAUCCGCUGCGCGCUGAAUUGGCCGAGGAGUUUCUCAAGGAUAAGAAGAAGUUCGUGAAGAAUGCCGAGGAUUACACCAGGAAACACAGCGAAAAGCGUCCAGCCGAUUAGUGCCGCUACAACGAUGAUGAAGCUGAUGCCGAGAGAAAACCAAACUAAAUUUCCUACUCCUUCCUGUUCCUUCCUCAUUUCAUGAAUUGUAAUCCUCCCCACAAAAUUUUGCUUAGAAUGUUGAUGAAUGAUGUAAGCGUUGCAGUUAGAAAACGUUGCAACUUGUCAAAAUUGUAAAGAAAACGAAAAUGAAAAACUCCCGUUCAAUAAUUGUAGUAGAAAUGAAUUUGCAUUAAUUGUUUUUAAAUAUGAAAGUCGCCAGCAAUGAUCAUGGAUCAUUUAGGCAAAGCAAACAUAUGUAUGUAAUAAUAAUAAUAUACUAUAUAUACAUUUAAUUAACACUCAA